UCUUUUGGUUGGGGAAAAUAUUAAGAACCUGAAACUAGAAUGGCUAAGAAGCCAAAUUGGACUACUUACCUAGGAACCUGCUUUGCUAAGUUUGAGUAUAAGAGACAAUAUUGCUUACGGGAGGGAUGCUACCUGCGAUCAAAUUGAAGAAGCUGCCAAAAUUGCACGUGCACAUACUUUUAUUAGUUCACUUGGGAAAGGAUAUGAUACACAGAGUGCUUGCUGAGAAAUUGAAUUUAAAUUAUGAGGUAGCUGAGAGAUGGAUUGUGAAUCUUAUCUGGGGUUCAAAGCUUGAUGCCAAGAUUGACUCAGAAUCAGGGAUUGUGGUUAUGGAACCCAAUCAUCCCAAGGUGUAUGAGCAGCUAAUUGACCACACGAAGGCACUUUCAGGCCGAACUUACAAGUUGGUUAGCCAACUUCUGGAACAUGCUAAGGCACAAAUUGCUCGUUUAGUUUACUAGUGAAGUUUCCAGGAAGUUGUACGUUCCUAUUUGCAAUUUGUCUGGAAUUUUGUUUCAUUUGGUUAAGGGAUAGUUUCCAAUUAGUGCAAUUCUAGUGAGCAAUUCAAAUACUCAGAAUUAUAGACAAAUUAGGUUAUAAAUUUUGGCAAGAUAAUUAUGUUUUGGUUCACAAAGCUUUGUUGUUAACUCGUUCAAAUUUGAAGAAAUGUUGAUCUUUUUGUUUACUUCUAA